GAAGAGUCAGUCAUCAUGGGACCAGAAUAAAAUGAUCGAAUAUUAGGAACAAGAUUGCCUUGCGUAUUCUCAUGAUCAUGGAUCAACUAUUAUCAAGCAUUAAUCUGGCAAUGGUUCAAUCAAAAUGCCUUAACUUAACACAACUAAAAUGUUACCUAAAUUAUUACUUUCGCUAGGCUGUCUUGCCUUGACGUUAGCAAAACCAGUAGAAAGUGGACAUAGUUGGGAUAGUUUAUCAAUUACCACAAAAGGUCGUUACUUAUCUAAAAGAGUCGAUGGUUCACCUUUCUUCUGGCAAGCUGACACUGCCUGGGAAAUUUUUCAUCGCCUUAAUAAGACAGAUGUUGACUUAUAUUUGAGUGACAGAGCAGAAAAGGGUUUUAACAUUAUACAAGCUGUCGCGGUAGCAGAACUGAAUGGGACUACUCAUAGCAAUUACUAUAACCAGCUUCCUUUAGUUAAUCAAGACCCUACACAACCUAUCGAAGAAUAUUUCGAAUAUGUCGAUUAUGUAAUCGAUAGGGCUACUGAUUAUGGUAUCCUUGUCGCAUUAGUACCCACCUGGGGUAGAUACGUCAACUGUGGUUGGAGAGGUGAACCAAAACUUUUCAACGUCGAAAAUGCAAAAGAAUUUGGCAGAUUCAUAAGCAACCGCUAUCCAGGUCUACCAAAGAUCAUAGGAGGUGACAGCAAUGGUGACUGGGCGUGUGAUUUACCAGAUAUCCAAGAGGAAUACGAAGAUAACUAUGAGUCAAAUCCAGAUCAAGAUCCUUACUCUAUGUUGCCUGAAAUUGAAGACACUCGCGAUGUAUGGUCUUCGAUGGUUGACGGUAUGAAGGAAGGUGAAGAAGAUUUGUUUGUUAUAUACCAUCCAACCAACACUUACCUCAAUGUAACCGGUUUACCACUCGCUUAUGGUAGUAAUUAUCUAAAUGGAACUCAUGAAGUUUCAAUGAAUGCAGUCCAAUCUGGUCAUUCUGUUCCAGGUAUCAACCCACCAAACGAAGCAAUUGUUGGAUGGAACUCAGUCCGUAACUACGAGUUCAUUGAAGAUAUGAGACGAGCAUUCGAUGGAAGUGUCAUUGAUCUCGAAAAUCACUACGAGGGUGCUCGUCUUGCCUUCGAAGCUGAUCAAAGGUACUGGACAGCAAGUGAAGUCAGACAUGGUCUCUAUAAUGGUUUCUUCGCUGGAUCUGCUGGAAUUACCUAUGGUGCACAUUCCAUCUGGCAAUUCUAUGAUCCAAUUUAUAACCUUGAUCAAGCAAGGUUGUACAUCGAACCUCAAAACAACUUAGAUCCUAAUGAUUCAUGGAGAAACGGCCUUCACUUCGAAGCAGCUGGUCAGGUUGUUUACCUGCAAAACCUCUUCAAGGAUUUAAAGCCUGAGGUUUUCUUCUCCAUGGAGCCAGAUCGUUCGUUUAUUCAAUCAAUCGAUGGAGGUGAAGAUGUUCUUGCAUAUGCUGAAAACCGACGUGUUGGAGCUUUGAAAAGUGACAAACUUUACUGGGUCUACACUGGUUUCGGUGAUGCUUUCAAGGUUGACUUGUCAAAUGAAACAGGAAUUGUUUCAACUAAGUGGUACGACACUCGCACCGGACAAUCUCAAGAUGAAAACAGUUACGAAUUGGAUGACAAUAACAAAGUUAUGGCAUUCUAUCCCCCUACAUCUGGCACUAUUGACAAUGACUGGGUAUUGGCUAUUGAAAUACAAUAGAUUAUGGAUAUAAAAAUACAUGAAUGCAAUUUAUAUAAAUAUGAUAUUGGUAUAUAACUAUACAUUAAGCUCCUGGAAUAGUUUGUCUUUGAAUGAUAGAACAUUGAUUUUCGUCUCUACCAACUCUCCAAUAGAAGUUUGUGACAUUGUACUGACUGAGAUAUUUGAGGAACUCCUCGUCAUGGGUAAUUAAUAUAAGCUGGAAGUUCACAUCAAGUUGUUUUCUUUCAUUAAUGAGUUCAGCCAAACCGGAUGCAAGCGAUUGUAUAUUCUCCUGAUCCAGAUUUGUAGUUGGCUCAUCGAGUGCCAAAAUACCGCAUUUAUCACCGAAACUGUCUGCCAAUGCUAACCUUAUAAUGAUUGAUGCCAGUACCUUUUGUCCUGCUGAGCAUCUACCUCUCAUGUCCAUUUCGGUUCUAUCUUUCACCAUUACCACGCGAUAAUUGUAGGAUUUACCACCGCGAGCACCUUCUGCAUCGGAUCUGAUUGCUAUUGUAUCUAUAUCUGUACCUUGGUAAGUACGUUGCCAGAGAUGAUGAAUUUGAUCAUUUAUCUCGUCCAUUUUAAGCCCAUGAAAUUGCAAAAUAGCACUUUUAAAGCUUUAGCAUACUUUUCUAAAUCAUCAUUAGCAAGCGUCGAAGCAGUGACAGCAACAUGUUGACGAUGAUGUAUGUAGUCGAUAUCUUUAUACUCAGUUUUUAAAUCGUCUUGUAAACCUUCCACGCGUUUUCUUUCACUGAGAAGUUCACCACCAAGUGCGUAAUGUUGAGCUUGUUUUUCAGAUUCUCUGGAUCUCGACUCGUCAUACAUCUCAUCGAAUUGUCUCUUAGCUUUAGUGGUCUCUUCAAGAUCGUAGCUGUUGAUUUGAUCCCUAAUUUCUUCCAACUCUGCGAUUAACUUUCUAUACCUAAUAUUAUCGGACAAGUUUCUU